UGUUACAGGAAUUGCCAAUUCCUACAUUUUCAGCAGGCUUAUUAAGAAAAGCAGCCCUGUGAAUCUGAUGUGUGGGAGGUACUCGCUUCUCCUUUGUGGUCCUUAUCCACUACAACCAGUUAAUGAUUUACCAUUCCAUCACCCUCGUGCCAAGGUUUUUCCUGCUCCCACAUGUCAUGCCUGGCUCAGCAUUGUCCAUCUGUCACUUCUUGAAAAGCAGCUCCAGUGAGUGACGGUCCCUGGAUGGCUUCUCUGCAUUGUCUGCUGCAGCGGAUGGAACAAUAGGUUCUGCUUUCAGGGCACCCAUUCUUGGCUCAUUACAGAGGGGGAUGGAAAAUUCCUCCGUGGCUUCUGCCUCCUCUGAGGCAGGAAGCAAUCGUUCGCAGGAAAUCGAGGAGUUGGAAAGGUUCAUUGACAGCUACGUUUUGGAAUAUCAAGUCCAAGGCUUGUUGACCGAAAAAAACGAAGGGGAUGAAGAGAAUGAGAAAACGCAGUCCAAUAUCUCCCAGUGGACAGUUGACUGUAAUGAACAAAUAGAGGGCAGUGUGUCCAGCUACAGAGGCAAGGGGUCAGCACCUCAUAAUCAAAACCAGAAUGGCAACAAAGACAACUCCCAGGACAUGUUGGGGACAGAUAUUUGGGCAGCCAAUACUCUUGAAUCUUUCAGCGGGGCCACCUGGGAUUUGCAACCAGAAAAACUUGACUUCACACAGUUCCACAGAAAGCUUCGCAACACCCCCAAGCACCCUCUUCCACAAAUAGACAGAGAAGGAAUUGGCAAAGGAAGAUGUGAAGACGGAGAUGGAAUCAACUUAAAUGACAUUGGAAAAGUUCUCCCGGCCUGGCAAGGUUGUCACCCAUCGCCACACGAAGCAGAAAUUGCACACACCAAAAAACUAUUCAGGAGGAGGAGGAACGACCGGAGGAAGCAAAGGGCUCCCGGGGGGAACAAGCCACAGCAACACCCAGAGCAUCAGCAAGGCACCACUAAGCACAACAAAGAACAUCAGAAACCCUCACAAGGAGGCCAACCGCCACACUCCUCAGGGCGAUGUGGCCACCAUGGCUACAGCCAGAACCGGCGGUGGCACCACAACCAGAAACACUCUCCCAACGACAAAGAGACGCACCGAAACGCCAAAGAGACCGAGAAUCUGAAAAUAGAAGAUACCUCUGUCUGCACGGUGCACAUCCCUCUGGAGAUGCACCGCAGCAACGAUGCCACCGAGAGGCCAUCGCAGCAGUACGCCCAGGACCCUGAAAGCAAGCGGAAAGACAGCGUCCAUGAGCGGAGAAACGAGCGGCCCAAAAUUAACUUGCUGCAGUCUUCCAAGGACAGGCUACGCAGGAGGCUAAAAGAGAAGAUGCCUUGUCUUUCCCUUUUCACGGAUCAGGACGAAGUGGUGGUCGAGUCCACCGACCCCCAAAGGAACAAAAUGGACAAAUUAAUUGAAAUCCUCAACAGCAUGAGGAAUAACAAUAGCAGCGGGGUGGACUCCAAGCUCACCAACUUUAUGGAGGAGGCCCAGAAUUCCACCAACUCUGAGGAGAUGCUGGGGGAGAUUGUUAAGACCAUUUACCAGAAGGCCGUGACUGACCGUAGCUUUGCGUCCACGGCGGCCAAGCUCUGUGACAAGAUGGCCCUCUUCAUGGUGGAAGGCACCAAGUUCCGGAGUCUCCUUCUCAACAUGCUCCAGAAAGACUUCACGAUGCGAGAAGAGCUGCAGCAGAGCGACGUGGAACGCUGGCUUGGCUUCAUCACCUUCCUCUGCGAAGUCUUUGGCACCAUGCGAAGCAGCACCGGGGAGCCUUUCCGCGUGCUUGUCUGCCCCAUUUACACCUGCCUCAGGGAGUUGUUGCAAUCUCAGGACAUAAAAGAAGAUGCUGUCCUUUGCUGUUCAAUGGAGCUGCAAAGUGCUGGCCGGCUGCUGGAAGAACAGCUGCCCGAGCUGAUGACGGAGCUGCUGGCGACCGCACGCGACAAGAUGCUGUGCCCUUCGGAGUCCAUGCUGACCCGGUCCCUCCUCCUCGAGGUGAUUGAACUGCACGCCAACAGUUGGAACCCCCUCACCCCCACCAUCACGCAGUAUUAUAACAAGACAAUCCAGAAACUGACAGCUUGAAAGGAAGGCGGGAGGCGGGGAUGGCCCAAGGCCCGGAGGAAGACACGCACUUUAAAGAAACAAACAAAAACACAUUCAGAAUACUAUAAAAGGAUGGAGGAAAGAAUGGAGCUACAGUGACUGGAGAAGGGACGGAGUGACCUGCAGUGGUCAGGUUCCUAAAAAGACAAACCGCAGCAUGUUUAAGAAUAUGUUCAUCGGGGCGAAGCAUGUCUUUAUUCAGCCGUGUCCUCAAGUGCCGUCGCCACCCCCUUUCUCCCCCCACCCCACCCCGCUGUGGUUUUGUUUUAAGUUCCCUUUUAGGCAACCUGUUGCCCAUGCCACUCUGCGUCCUGCCAGGCUAUUGUCGGGGCUCAGAAGAACACGGCAGGUUGAAUAGCAAGUCAGAGGGCAGGAGUGGAUGGUCUCCGCGGCAUGAUCCCAGCUUGCAUUGGCCAACUGGCGGGAGGCAGCCCACAGCAGAUGUCUUCGAGGGAGGGGGGACAAAGGCAGAUGUGUUCCACCCCAGAUGCUGGUAACGGACAGCUUUGGUCAAGCCAAAAGGACCUCCUCCCCUUCCCCCCCUUUCUUCCUGUCCUCUUGUCUUCAAAGUUUGGUUCCUUAGCUGUCUCCUUUGCUCCAUAUCCUGAAACCUCAUUCCAGAUUAGACAUUGAGAAGGGAUAAAUUUUUCUUUUUCUCCCUUUUUCGGGGGGAGGGGCAUUUGCAUUUGCACUGUGUAUUAUUUUUACUUUGUG